ACUAACGGUGAAAUGUCAAAAUGUCAUAUUAUUUGUAAAUGGGGUCUAAGAAAUUUCGUAAGAGCAAUUCCAAGAAAUAUAAAAAGAAGUUUAGAGAAGAAAAAAAAUGUGGGAAAAAGAGUUUUAAAGGUAAUCAACGGAAAGAGACAAAAAGCCACUAUAGUCUAACUAAUAAAAAGAAAGUGACAAAUUUGAGUUUGCAAAAUGAACCAAAAUUCACAAGUUAUACUGAAAUAAAGAACUAUUUGAACAAUUUAGCCAAUAAAUACAAAUCUAAUUUACAAUUACAAAUUAUUGGUGAAUCCAAAGAGCAAAGGCCUAUUUAUUUGAUUGUAAUUAGUCAAAAUGAUAGCGAGUUUCCCAAAAAUGGAAUUUUUAUUGAAGCUGGGUCCAAUGGAAAAGACUCAAUGGCGAUUGCCACUGCUCUUUAUAUGAUUAAAUAUUUGGCUCAAACAUGUUCAUGUAAGACAGAUAGCGGAAUCAUGGAUUACUUCAUAAUACCUUGUUCCAAUCCAGAUGCUUAUGAAAUGAGCAAAAAUGGAAACCAUCCAUAUUUGGAUUUGAGCACGAAUUUUCCAUUAAGACUGGGUAAUUCGAAUAUUGACAAUAUUAGACUAGAUAAGUUCUUGGAUGCUGCAAAAAUUUGGAAAAACAAAUACGAUUUCCAGUGCCCUGAAAGAUUAGCAGUUAUUAAAGCAAUUACCACUUAUCAGUUCGUUAUCAAAUUGUUUGUUUCUUUACAGGAAGAAGGUAAAAAAAUUUUAUACCCUUUUGGAGCAUCCGAAGACCCUGUUUCAAAUAUUAAUAGCAUUCGUGAAGUAGCACUUGCCGGAAAUUUCAUAUGUUAUCCAAUUGGAUCUAUCUAUCAACUCUGUGGAUUGAAAUUUGGCACUAUUAUAGAUUUCCUGAUGAUGUUUCAGAAUUGCAUAAAAUAUCCAUACAUAAUCAAUAUCAACAAUAGAGAAUGUAAAAGCGAUUUGAAUGAUAUUCCUGAUCGUGCUAGAGAAAUCCUCUGUGGUAUACAAUUAAUGAGUUCGAAAAUUUCUGAAUUCUAUAAAGUAGAGAAAGUUAAACGUGACGAAUCCAAUGUUACAAUUGAUAUCAAAAAAGAAGAACCUUGAUUAUAAAAAAAUGUUAUUAUAUUGUAAUUUACAAAAAUUUGUUGUUAAGA